AUGUUCCCUGAUACUAAAAAUGUUUCUCGCACCUCUCCCCAAAACACCUAUUCUCCUUCCUCUCACCAUUCCUGCUAUUCUUCUUCUGACUCCCACGAUUCUGAUGCCUCUUCAACUCGAGGCAUGUCACCCUGGGGUGAUUCCAGGUAUCCACACCUUUUGCAUUCUCCGUCACGAUCGUACCCUGUUAAGGAGGAGGCAGAAGAAGAAGAGAACUUACCUGUACUAGCAAUGCAUUUUGAACAAGACUCAGCCGAGCCCUACUACUUGUUCAAUCAACUGGAAGAAGAUAACUCUGACCUCGCACUCGAGGCAGCCCAGGUCAAACGCAAAAAUCCACCUGACCAGCAUCUUCUAACACUCCAGUCAAUUCUCGAGUGCAUCCUCCACCUUGAGACAGCAGACCAGCGCAUUGACAUGUUAGGCCGCCGCCUUGACAUGUUGGACCAUGGCGUGCGUGAGGCAAUGCAGGAGAUCCGCUGCAUCAAGAAUCCCAUUUGCAGCUAUCAGUCAUAUUUCACAAUGGAGCAUUUGGGUGGAUGUGAUAGCACCGUCGACUCUCAAGCUGGAGUCAAUAAUGCCAAUGCCACUACAUCGCUUGGAUCUUCACAUGAUGGCCAAAUCAUGCUACAGCCUGCAGCAUUCCAUGGAACAUCAUCCGGGGUCAUCAGAUCGUUGUCAGCGCGUACAACAGACUUAUUACCCCACGGCGCUCACAGUUCUCCUAUCACAGUUAAGCAUUUGGGUGGACGUGAUAGAAUCAUCAACUCCCAAGCUGGACUCAAUAGCCUCAAUGCUAUUCAACCAUCUAUAUCCUGGUAUGACCUGUACCUCAUGCUACAACCUGCAGCCCAUGAAGUAUUGUACAGGGUCACGCGUUCGGUGCAAGAGGGUACAGAAAGCUUAUUGCUCAACGGCACCCAUGAUUUUGCCAACAAUGUAACGCAACAGCAUAGCAUAUAUUCUGAGGGCUUCCCGGUAUCCUAUGUCAUGGAUGUCACGGAAUCGUCAUCAGAGGGUAUGGGUGCUCAUUUCGAUUUAUUGCUCGAUGUCAAUGGCACGUCCGAUCCCGUGUGUGAGCCUGCUGCCCAACAGCUUGGUUCUGUUGUACAAACCGGCCGAGUAAAGAUCAAAGUAGGACACCCCAAAGUAAAAUGCCCCUGGGACAAGUGUCCGAAAUUCAUCAACAAGGAUGGCCUCAGCCGUCACAUUAACGAGGUGCAUGAGAAGAAGAUUGUGGCUGUUUGUCCAAGAUGCGAUAAGUUUUUCACAUGCACGAAUGUGAUGAUGCACCAUGUAUGUCGGAUGUCCUUGUGA